AUGCACUCUGCCUUCUCUAUGAAAGAGUUGGGUGAUAUUUCUUAUUUUCUUGGCAUAUCCAUUCACUCCACUUCUGAAGGAUUGUUUCUCUCUCAACACAAGUAUGCUACGGAAAUUCUUGCCAAAGCUGGCAUGACUAAUUGUAAAUCCUAUGUUUCUCCCAUGGCAACUAAACCUUCUCCUACUGAUGACACUAUGAUCCCUUUCUCUCAGCCUAAUCUUUACCACAGUGUGGUUGGAGCUUUACAGUAUCAUACAAUCACUAGGCCUGAUCUCUCUUUUGCUGUCAAUCAUGCUUGCCAGUUUAUGCAUUCACCCACAGUGGCCCAUUUCAAUGCUGUCAAACGACUGUUGCGGUAUCUUCAAGAAACCUUGCACCAUGGCUUGCAAUUUUCUGCUAGUUCUUUGGAUCUUCAUGCCUACUCUGAUUCCGAUUGGGCUGGGAGUGUUAUAGAUUGCAAGUCUACCACUGGCUACUGUGUUUUUCUUGGUUCUAAUCUUGUUUCUUGGACUACCAAGAAGCAAUGCACAGUCUCGCGUUCCUCCGCCUAA